GCGAAGGUCGCGCCGCGCCGUCCAGCAGCAGAGCAUCGAUCGCAGCGGGUUGGAAGCAUGGGCCCUCUGGCGUGCGCGGCGGGACUGCUGUACGCGCUGCUAGCGGCGUGGAUGGGGUGGCCUCCCUCGCCCUCCGGCCACGCGGCAGGUGCGGCAGUGGCGGGCGCGAUGGGCGGCGAGCGUUUCCUGUACUUCGCGUACGGCAGCAACCUGCUGGCCGAGCGCCUGCGCAUCAACAACCCGUCGGCGGAGCGCGUGGCCGCGGCGCGCCUCGACGGGUACCGCCUGGAUUUCGGCUACAUGUCACCGCGCUGGGGCGGCCACGCAGCCACCAUCGUGCCGCAGCCCGGCCGCGUCGUCUGGGGCGCCGUGUGGUCCGUGGGCCAGGAGCACCUCGACGACCUUGACAGGCAAGAAGGAGUACAGAGUGGGGUGUAUGUACCUAUUCAAGUGGAUGUACAUUCCAGCGAUGGGCGCAAGUUACACUGCCGAAGCUACCACUUGCAAGAACAGCCACCAACUCCUUUGCCAGAGGGACUGUUGAUUACUGAAGGGCGAUUACCCUCCAAGAUCUACUGGCAGGUGAUAGUGCAAGGGGCACGUGAGACAGGACUUCCUAGUGAUUAUAUUGACUUCCUUGAGAAGAUUCCCCAUAAUGACUUCAUGGGUAACUUCAGUAUUGGACAACUUGCAUCCAAUCUUCAUGAAAUUAAUACACCACUAGACAAUAAAUAGCAAUAAAUAAUUAUCUGCUUGUUGAAUUACAAAUGAAACAUGUAUUUUAACUUCCUUAAAUGCCUAUCAGAAUUAGUCAAUGUUGAUUCUUUGUAAGUACAUUUAUUUAAUGGUUAUAAAUGACUAUGUCAAAUGGCGUAUUGAUAAUGCUAGUUUUAGGUGUAUAUUAAACAUUUUACCUACUCAAUUUAUUCAGGUGGUUGAUUCUGAACUGUGAUGAAUGAUAUGUGAUACUUUCUUAAUACAUCAUUUGAUCCUUGUUUCGUUUUGAUUAAUUUCUUUAACAAAGCCUUCAAAAUAUUCUCUAUUGGUUUGACCUGUACAUCCUCUAAAUACACUGACCAACAAAAUAGUACUCUUGGAAAAUGAAAAGAAAAAUUAAAAUAUAAUCACAAAAGUGUAAAUACAGAGGGGCCAACAAAACUUCAUUAACAAUUUGAAAGUUUUUCUCAGAUUUUUCAAUGCAAAGUAAAUAUUUUCAGUGUUGAUGCAUAUUUUUGAAUGUUUGGUCACCAUCAUAGUCAUAAUCAUUGUCAUCUUCAUCAUCAAGAAUGCUAGGCAUGGCACCUGUUCCAGUUUUCCCAUAGAAGUGGCUUUUAGUCCUCUUAAGUGAUCAUGUGUUGAUAUGAUUAAAUUAUCAAAUAAACUCUCUAUUUAAUUUCAAAUAACUACAUUUGUUUUUAUUUU